GUGGAUUCGAUUUCACGCUUCCAUUCAGAAAUUAUUAAAGGUCUAACCCACUAUCGCUACACAGCACGGAAAAUUAUCGGACAGAACAUAGAACACCUGGAUUAGAAAUGUAAACAGAAAAACAAAUUACUUCUUCAAAAUAUGACCGUGUGUUUGAUGUGAAAACCUAGGGAAGGAAAUAUGCCAAGUAAUAAUAAAACGUCCGAUAAACAGGAGCAUGGAGGAAAAGAGGAAGUGAACGGAUUGUUUCCUCCUAUUGCCUCUCCACGAAAACAUGUACUGAGAUCGAAUAGCAGCAGCAACGAUUCAGACACGCCAGUCGAGGCACCGGAAAUUCCACCAUUAUCAUCACGUGAUAAUAGUCCGUCCAAGUCACCGUGUAAGUUACCAAGUCUUUCCUCACAAAGUAACUCAAAUCCGCAAACCAAGGAGAGGAAACAUAGGCGGAAAAAGUUAUGUCGAUCUCCAAGUUGUCCUUCGACAAGACCUGCAACAAAUGAUCUAGAAUCCCCUCUUCCUAUUGAAAAACAUUUGGUAAAUUCAAAUCCUAACUCGUAUGUGCAUGAAUAUGACGUAAAGUUGCCAAAUAUCUUUAAAAAUGGAUCAGACGUGUCACCUGAAACUACAAGUCUUGGAUGGACCGUUAAGGACAGGUCAAGAACGAAAGCUAAUUUACGCCGUACAGAAUCCACACGAGAAAAUUAUGUUGGAAGUCCUACAAUGGAAUCAAAGUACAAUAAAAAUCAACAAAGAGCACAUACACAUGCGGCACUUCUACUGCCUUUGCGAACACAGGACCCAAGAAAAGCAAGUCAAGGCAAGAAAAAGAAGUCUUUUGCCAACCAAAGUUCUUAUACCGAGGGUCAAACCCUUUCUCUUACCAUUGACAAUGAAACUGGUGCUAGCAAUGGCUGGGGAGCGGACUACGAUUCAGAUUACUACGACAGCAGUGGCAAACAUAGUGGUUCAUCAUUUGAUAGAAUUAUGGAAGAAUCUGAUUCUCAUAUGAGUAUUCCGAGUGCUGGAGGUUCACACAUUAGUGUUCCGAGUGCUAGUAAGCAAUGGCUGAAAAACAAAGAAGGUCAGGUCAAAGCAUGACCUUUUAUAACCUAAAAAGUUUCGAUAAACAUUAUAAGAAUCAAUGUUUCAAAAACGCAUUUUUAAAUUGUUACAAUCGGGACGUGUGCAAAUCAAAUUUGGACGUCUGUGAUACAUUUUAUUUUCACACACACAAAAUCUGCAAUAUCAAAUAUUGCUCAAUCGUUUCUUCUUUUGCUAUCUUUGUUAUUGGCACGUUGGAGCAGUAUUAUAUAUUUUUUUGUUUGUUUAUAUUUAUUGAUUAUGGAAUCACCAUUGUCACCACUUGUUUAUCGGUCGCUAAAUAUAAAUUUGUCAAAUACCAAUGCUUAUGGUAUUUGUUUUGGUGUUUAGUCACUGUGUUCGACCUAUAAAUUUCCUCUCUUAUCUUUAUACAGUUUUCAAUAUUCUUUAUCUUUUUUAAUAUAUUAUAUAAAGUUUGAUCAAUCA